AUGUCUCAGAAGGGAAGAUGCAUCGGAGGCAAUUCCGGGUGGACUUUUAACGUUGAAAACUGGACAGAUGGAAAGAAGUUCAAGGCCGGAGAUAACUUGUUUUCAACUAUGAUCCAUCCUCCCACAAUGUUGCAGUUGUUGAUGCCAAUGAAUUUACUAGUUGCAGCGCUUCUUCAAACUCUAAGACAUUCAGCACCGGCAAAGAUCGAGUCAAAUUAUCGAAGGGACUCAACUAUUUCAUCUGCACCGUCCCCGGCCACUGCAAUGGGGGAGUGA